AUCUUGGUAGAAGUGAGGAGCCAUUCCACUCACUUCCUUGAAAAUCAUGUGAACAGAGUCCGCCCCCACUGCAGAUAGAAUACAAAAACUCUGAACACUGAGUGCUUGCUGCUCUUCCUGCCUCCUCAACAUCACAGAGCAUGCCCCGAAGCCACCAACACAGAUCCUGGAAGGAAGAAGGAGCAAGUCCACUCAGAAUAUAAAAACUCUGAACACUGAGGGCUCGCUGCUCUUUCUGCCUCCUCAACAUUACAGAGCUUUUCAAAGCCAGAAACACAGCAGACACCAACACCUGUUUCAUCCUCACUGUGUGGAUCCCUCUCUACUAGGCCUCACCAUGGCAAAUGAGAAUACUAACACAUCAUCCAAAUAUGAUGACAUCACCUCCAAAAGUUUGAUCCAAUCAGGAUCUCCCACUCGCUACCAGCUGAAAUUAAAGGAUGAGAAUAUUGGAAAUCUAAAAAGAAUGACUCUUGGUGAAAAAAAUCCCAAAAAGACAAACAAAACCAUUUUACUUGUGGGUGAAACAGGAGCAGGAAAAUCCACUCUAAUCAACGCUCUGGUCAAUUACGCCAUGGGAGUGGAGUGGGAGGACGAUGUCUGGUUUGAGAUCGUAAAGGAAGAGAAGAAAAGUCAAUCAAAGAGUCAGACAUCAGAUGUGAUUGUGUACCAGAUCUUUGGUUUUGAAGAUAAAACCCUGCCCUACUCUCUGACCAUCAUCGACACUCCUGGAUAUGGGAGCACCGCAGGGAUUGAACAAGAUGCCAUUGUCAGUCAGAGAUUAUUUGACUUGUUCCGCUCAGUGGAUGGAGUUCACGAGAUGAAUGCAGUGGGUCUGGUGCUGAGAGCGAGUGAGAAUCGGCUGAGUGACCGACUAAGGUACAUCUUUGAUUCAGUGGCGUCUCUGUUUGGAAAAGAUAUGGAGAUGAACAUUGUUGCUCUCAUCACACACUCAGAUGGUGUGACGCCUGAAGAUGCCCUCCAAGCUCUAGAAGAUGCAGAAAUCAAAUGUGCCAAAAAUGAGGAGAAUGAGCCUCUUCACUUUAUGUUCAAUAACCGCCAGCGCAAACAAAAAACAAAGAAAAAUCAGGUUGCCUUAAAGAAUGCAUGGGACAUAACAAUGGAUCAAAUGCGUCAGUUCACAGACUUCCUGGAAAAUGCUUCACCUCAGAACCUGAUAACAACUGUUGAAGUGUUGAAGUCGCGCAUCAGACUGACAGCUUACAUCCAAAACCUGCAAGAAAGAAUUGAGUUGAUUGAACUAAAACAGAAAGAAAUCCAACAGACUAAGGAAGGUCUGAAGAAUCAUGAGCAAGAGAUGAAUAGCAAUAAGAUGUUCACUGUAGAAGUUGAGGAGGUCUACAAAGAUAAAGAACCUAUCAAUGGUGGGAUGUGGUGGUUGGUGUUUUUCAAAGGAGCUGUCUGCUGUAAAGUCUGUGAGGAGAACUGUCACUUUCCUGGAUGCACAGUGGCCUGGAAACCAGAAUACUGUGAGGUCAUGAAAGAUGGCCGCUGCACUGUGUGCACAGGGAAGUGUCCUGUAUCAGAUCAUGUGAAAGAAAACUGGAAGUUUGUGAACAAGACAAAGAAAGUUAAAAAAACCAAAGAAGACAUGAAGGAAAAAUAUGAAAAAUGUCAAACAGACUGUCAGGAGAAAACAAGUCUUUUGGAAAAUCUACAAAAGAAAAUGGAAGAACUUCAGAAAGAAAAAGAUCAGUUGUUGGAAAAGUCCUUCAAACAUGUUGUCAAACUGGAUGAGAUUGCCCUGAAUGUUAAUGCACUGUCCACUUAUGUCCACUUGGACAUACUGAUUGAUAAAAUGAAGGAGAAAGGAGACACAGACAAGGUAAAGAAACUAAUGGAGUUAAAAAGUCGAGUGGAUGAAGGAACCACAACAGGAGUGCGGUCCAUGUUCAGUAAACUGAGAGCAGCUGGUAGCGCAGUUACAGCAUAUAUAAAGUAGGUGAACAACCUGUCACUCUUUAAACAUUAAAAAAACACCCUUUAAAUUUCAAUGGCUAAUUCUGCAAGAGAGCAGAAACCUCUCUAGAAUAUAUAAUAUAAUGUUUACAGACACCACCCCAAUACCCUACAGGAAAUUCUAUUUUAAGUUAAAAAAAAAGGCACAAGACCACCUGCCAGUAUAUAACCUGGGGUCUGGAACUACAUCCUUCAGUUGGCAGUUACCUGAAGAUGAAGUGAAGCCACUGAAGACCUUGUAUUUAAAUUACAAAGUGAGACCUACAAGUCUGAAUAAGUCUGUUUCCACCACUGAACAUUUGACUUAUAGGUGAAAUCAGUAAGUCACCUUACUGAAUGAGGUUAGGGAGAAGUCUGAUUAACCCUAAACCUGAUCUGCUGAAUGUUUACGGCAGAUUUACAUCUACAUAGUUAUUACCAUGGAUUCAUGUUUUUUCAUUUCCUGCGUAACCUGGUUUCUCUGUAAACUGGUCUCUUCAGAGCGACAGGUUAAGGUGGUUUAGCUGAAUUCACAAGAUGGCGGUCAUGAUGAAAUAACAAAAUGUAAAAUGUGCAUGGGUGAAUGUGAAGACUCCAGGACAAUAGUUCAUCAAUCAAAGAAAACGUGAAAAACAUCAACGAAAAAAUCAACGUCAGCGAUGUCAUGUCAAUCUGCAGACUGAAUCCAACUGAGUUUGCUUAAGGUCUCAGUAUGCAAACUAGUUUAUACGUUGGGUGGUCCUACCUUGUCUACACUCAGUGUUUUUCUAUUUGCUGUGGAAGUCUGAAGUGGAAGGUGGUGUGAAGAACCUGCUGUAUCCCACUGCCUCAAUAAUCUCUCUUCAAAACAUCUUUGCUCGGGGCAAAGCCAACAUUUAAAUCCAGUAUUACCACAGACACAAACACCUUUUGAGAUCAUGAGAAAACUGUUGAAGAUGCAAACCACUGCCGGAUAACAGGUUAAAAAAAAAUUCAGUGACACUGAUACUUUUUGCUGGUGGAGGAUUUUGUUUUCUUAUUGAGAGUAUCAUGUUAUUCAUUACAUGUAUGCAGAUAAUUGAAUAAGUUAAUUCAUCUGUCUUUGACCUUAGCAUUAGGUUUUUGCUUUAAAAUGUUGCUUUUUGUUUACUUUUAGUCUGGUAUUUGUCAUCUUGUAGCUUUUGUUGAUAUAAUUUGGAGGAAAUUAUAUAAGAGGAAAUAAAAGAAAAAGUAAGGUUAAACAAUGUUUUUAAGGUUAAUUUCUGGUGACGUUCAACACCUGUCAGGGUAGAUUUUGUAUCACUUUGGCUGUGUCUCAUUCCGCCAACUUGCACACUUCAAACAUGUAGUUUUAAGUAUUUAGUGUAGAUAACACAAAAAGUCAGUGCACUGAAAGUACCCGGAUGACCCCCUAAAAACGGUCAAAAAAUUCAGUGUGGAAUGAUGGACCCUACUCGCACUGAACGGACGCCAUCUUGACUACAAAGCGGAAGGGGAGGGACCAUUGGGACGAGCACGUUAUAAAUGUGAACUGUAUCGUAUAAAUGUAAGUAACAGCGGUAAUACGAAACGUUUUACUGUCGUCUACUGCAUUACUUACAUGUCCUCACUGACACUGACUGAAGCCAGACAUAAUCAUUUGGCGAGUUAAUUAGCAUAACGUUACAUGUUAAUGCUACCUAGCUAACUCGCUACCCUAACCUGCGUUGGCGUCGGAGGCGACGUAGUUUCCACAUGCUGUGAACUGAGCGGUAAAUGAACAUACAGAAACAUUUUUUGUAAACAAAAGCUGGCAUAUAUUUUUGGCGGGCUGGAAAAUCGCGUUCACGUGUGUUGCGUUCGUCACGCUCGUCAUUUCCGCUAAGUGUUCUAACAUAAGUGUUCUAACAUAAGUGUUCCCAUUGGGACAAUACUAACCAUCGAAAGUGGCCACUACGGCAGUAAGUGGUCAGUGCACAUUAGCAGUGUACUGACAGAAGUAUGCAGAAUGAGACACAGCCUCCAUGUUUGUACAAAGUACUAUAUUUCACUGCAAGAACUGGUAUAUCGUGAAGCCUUAAUUAACAGCCCAAGCUUUUUAUUUGCUUUAAUCGCUGAACUCAACCUUUAUUUGGGACAGGCGUUGAUAUGAGACUCCGCAUUUAGUUGAAGUUUUAUGGUUAUACAAAUAUUAUAUAAAAUAGCUGACAAAACAAUCUACACUUAAGGUCCACUUCCUCUCUUGUUCUGGAGCUUUCAACUAUAUUAUAUGACAGUUUGUCAAGUUGUACUUUAGUCAACAUGGAUGAGAGGUCCUGGAGCUGCUCAGAAUCAUGGGGAGUUUUUCCAUGGCAGCUGAUGAAGACUGUGUAAUGCGAGUUGCUCCAGAACAAGCAAGUAAGUGGACCUUGAGUUGAGGUUGGUCAAGAAUGAACCAUCAAGCUCAGCUAAUACAUUAGCUGAGUCCACACUGUAUUGUUUUAAUCUGUAGAGACUAGGGAUGCACCGAUACCACUAUUUUUCAAACCGAUACGAUACCGAUACUUGGAUCUGAGUACUUGCCGAUACCGAGUAACGAUGCCAAUACUUCUACCACAAAAAAAUGCAAUGAAUUGGAAGACAGGAUUUAUUUUCUUCUCUGCUUGUUACAACAAAUGAUGAUGAAUUAGAUAAAAAAUAAAAUAUUAAUAAAAAUGACUAUAAAACUAAAAUUUCAAGUGAAAAAUAAACACUUUCUGUGAAAUUAUUGCAGAGUUUCCACAUUUUAAUCAAACAGAAUAUCAAUUAACUAUUUGGCACUGUCUCCAGCUUUCAGAUUGACGAAACAUUAAUGAACCUAUUGCAGUGUCCACAUUUGAAUCAAACAAAAUAUCAAACUUCAGUCAGCAUGCAAUGGUGUGGUCUCUGAACUAAGCUUUUUUUGGGGAAAGUGAGAGGCAGGUUUUUUUUGAUGAAUGAAUUAAUUUUAUUUUGAUUUUUUUAUUAUUAUUGUGUCAUGCAUUAGCAUGCCCCGCCCACAAGGGCUUACAAGACACCAUUAUAAAACAUAGACAGACCAAAAACCAAAAGUAGAUGUUAAACAAUACUAACAUUAACGAUAUAUUACCCAUCCUGACGUUUCAUCCAGGCUUUAGUAACAAAAGAGGCUAACUUAUAAACAUUAAAGGUAAACAAACACUCCAUCGUGACAUCAUCAUUACUCCAAAAUAUUUCAGGGUUUUGAGCAAACAGUUCAUUUACAACAGGUACUCUUAGUUCAUCAUAGAAGGGACAGUAUAAAAGAAAAUGAGAUUCAUUCUCCACUUCUCGUAAAUCACAAAGUUCACAAAGUCUCUGUUCCUCUGGGAUAUUUUUAAAUCUGCCGACCUCAAGUGCCAGGGGAAGGAUUCCCAUUCUUAAUUGGGCAAUCAAGGAUUUCUGAUUUCUUGGUAAAUUUGUUUUAACAUAUAAUUCAUAAUUAUGCUUGAUUUGGACAUAUGUCCGUAAUUUCGGUUUUAACAUUAUAUCAUUUAACCAUUUUCAUUGAACCCGACAAGUAACUUUUUUCUAAUUUUGUUUAUGCUGCAUGAUAAAUUAUUUCUAUAGAUAUACUGAAAAUCGGCUUCUUCAAAGACAGCAUGAAUCUCUGCGGCCCAUGGAGAGUUCUGGACUUUACUCCAAAGGAAAACUUUCUUAUUGAUCCUGUCAUCUGACAUAUUAAUAAAACGAUUCCACAGUCUAAUCAUAUCACACUUUCUCCUUAUUGUACCAGGAAUCCAGCCCAUGUCACCCUGAGCAGCCAAAGAGGGAACAUAUUUAUGAAUACCCAGAAAACAACGUAUAGCUCUGUUUUGUCUCAGCCAGGAGUUUAAUUCUAUUUUCAUAAUUCAUAAAUUCAUCAAGUGGAAAUCCUAAAUAUUUAUAAACAGAUGUAUUUUCUAAUGGCAUAUCAGAAAAAGUAAAGAUUUUCUCACUUCUUGGGACACCUUUUAUUCUAAAAUGAAUUAUCUGUGUUUUACUCUGAUUUAUGGACAGCCUCCAUCUGCAACAACAAGUCUGAACUAAGUUUAACAUAUUCUGUAAAUCAUCCUCCGAUUCAGCCAGCAGAACAAUAUCAUCCGCAUACAACAAAAUACCCACAGUUAAAUCAUUCAAAUGUAUAACUAAAUUAGCAUUCUUGAUUUCAACAGCCAGGUCAUUUAUAUAAAGAGAAAACAAACUAGGGGACAGGACAUCACCCUGUUUAACACCAAAGGGGGUUUUAAACCAGUCAGUUUGAAGAUCAUUUACCUGAACACAUGCAACUGAGGAACUAUACAGUGACUUUAGAGCUUGAUAGAAUUUACCAUCCACACCUCCUUUUAAAAGUUUUAAGGCAAGCAGAUCUCUAUUUACCCAAUCAAAAGCCUUUUGGAAAUCCACAAAACAUACAAAAGUAGAUUUAUUUUCUGCAAUUAUUGUCCUGACAAUUGUUGAAAUUGUAUGAAUAUGAUCAAUGCAGGCUCGACUUCUUUCUUAACCCAUUAUGUUCAUCAACUAAAUAUCCCUCUGUUUCCUCGGUCAGCCUAGCAUUCAAAAUACUACUAUACAAUUUAUACACUGUGCUAAGAAGGCUGAUUCCCCUGUAAUUGAGUGGUAUCCUAGAGUCAUUCUCAGAUGACUUUGGUAUAGGUUUGAUAAUAGACUUAUACCACACAGAAGGAACAAUACUGUGUUUAAAACAAAACCUAAACAAACAGAAAAGCAUGUUUAAAAGAGGAGGUGACUUUAACACUUCAUUUAGGAUAUCUUCCACACCUACUGCUUUUUUCAGCUCAGACUUAUUUAUAGCAGCUUUCACUUCUUCCAAGGUAAUAUCACAAUUCAAAAAUAAAUCUGGUGAAUAGUUCUCUCCGCCCAUAUUUCUCUCUAAAUUGUCCUUUAAUUGACGUGCAUCUUCAAGAAAAGAAUCUUCAAAAAUAGAUGGAAUAUUACUUCCUGAAAAUAAAUCAGCAAAAUCAGUCUCCCACUUUUUAAUUACAAAAUCUUUCCUGCAUUCCAGGACAUCAUUACUUAGGACAACCCCCAUAGGUAUUUUCUGUAUUUUCCUUGGGCCUAUAUUAAUUUCCCUCCAAAAUUGUUGUGGAUUAUUGGUUUGUAAAUAAUCUAAUCUCAAGGACUGCCCUCUACUAAACUUCCUUUUGUAGAACCUUAAUUAUUUAUCAAAUAUAAACUGUGCUUGCCUGUAAUUUUCUCUCAGUUGUUGUUUCCUCACUGGAUCAUUACAUCGAAGAAAGUUCUUUUCAGCUAUUUUUCGUUCAUUCCACAGUUUUUGGAGCUCAGAAUUCCAGAAAGGAAAACUUAAAUUUGUAUUUAUUUAAAUGUGUAGGUUGACAUUUAUCCAUUUCUAAAAUCACCAUAUCACAGAACUCAUUGUACCACCGAUCAACAUUAUUUUGUGUACUUUGACAGGAUUCAAGUUGUUUUAUUAACUCUAAUAAUGCAAAGCGACACAUGUCAGAGGACAAAAAGUUUUCAGGAAAAGUUCUGCAUCUCUUUUUUGAUUGUGAAACUGAUUCAUUUUCUUCUGUUAUUUGAACUCCAACUUUAAAUGUUAACAAUAAAAGUGAGUGAUCCGGUAAGUGACAUCUUUCUCCAAUAAGGUUCAUACAUAUUUCUUGCGUUGUCUCGGAGCGCUACGUGGACAGACGUCUUCGGUAUGUCCCAGGUCUGGAGCAUGCUAUCGAAAGCACCUGCAAUGGUUUGGUUGGUGUGCGAGCCUCGGAACGACUUUGCAUGUAGUGUGACUUGAUGAAGAACGAACUCCUCAUCAAUCCACUGCGCCGUUAAACUGAGCAGUGACAUCGGGCACACACUGCUUGUCCAAAUGUCCGUAGUGAAACUUAAGGCUGAAACCUCAUUCACCAGGUUGCGCACGUUUUUUUUACCUUGUCAAAAAGUUUUGGCACCAUAACGUCUGUGAUGUAGGGGCGGCUGGGAAUCUAAUAUUUUUUUUGAAGCCGCCAGUCUCACUUGCCUUACCACACUGUUCCUGAUUAGCUCGACAUCUCCCCUAGCCGCCAAUCUAAAAAAUACAACAAAAAUGACAAGCCACCCUCUGAUCGCGGUCUUCAUGCAAAGCAGUUGCAUGUAAUAAAUUGGUAUCGGUUCAUGGUAUCGAUUAACUUUAACGAGUAUAUUAGACUAUUAUUGGCCCGAUACCCGAUACUAGUAUCGGUAUCGGUGCAUCCCUAGUAGAGACAGUUUUUCUUAAUGGUUUUUAAUGGAUUGGUGUUGAUGUUGAGUACAAAAGCUCCCUUUUCUCUCAUAUAUAGCACAUAAACACAGAUCCUGUUGUACAAAAAAACAUUGACCUUUCUUCACUUUUUGUGUGAGUUAAAUGUUUAAGGUUUUUCUAAUGUGCUUUUCAGUCAAUACAAGGCUGUGAUUUAUUAUGAUGUUGACGGAAGUCUUAGUGAACAUAUCACUGAUAUACAGUUCAUAAAGGAGUUAAACAUGCUUUUCUCAUGUCUGUCCUCUGAGGAACUGAAGGAUGUAGAAAUAUUUUACUGUGUUGGAGCUGAAUCCAACUUUCAGACUUCAGUGUUUUUGAAGGAUCAUGAAAUUUAAUGUGCUUUGAUUUGAUUGUUACUCUGGUUUCUUCAUGUGUUUGGAAUGAGUAGUUCAAAUAUCUUUUUAUCUACAUUUUUAAUGAUGGUAAUAUAUUCUGUUAUUCCACAUGAAAUUAUAUCUUGAAUCUUGAAUUCUGAAUGAAUCCUUAAUAAAAUCUCUGCUUCAUGAAAUCACUUUA